AUGCGGUCAUCACCUUAUGACAGGCAGAAUGAGGUGUGCGACUCGGACAGCCUGGGGACGUCGGACCAGCGGUCCUGGGUUCGGCAGCUGGUGCGCGCCAUGGACGCGGGCGACGCGGCCCAGCUGCGCCGCCUGCUCGCCACGGAGAGCGCCGCGGGGCCGGACGCCGUGCUCUCCCCAGACGGCGACACGGCGCUCAUGCACGCCUGCCGGCUCGACCCGGACGCCGUCGACGCAGGGGAGGUGGUGAGCACGCUGCUGGAGGCGGGUGCCGAGCCCAACCGGCGCGACUGCAGCGAGAGGUCGGCGCUGCACCACGCCGCCUACACCUCCAACGACGUGGCGCUGGCGCUGCUGCUCGAGCACAAGGCCACCGACAUCAACGCCGUCGACGACGAGGGGAGUACGGCGCUGCACUUCACGGCGGCGCCCUCGUGGACGAUCCGGAACCGCGAGCGCCACCUGCGCUGCAUCCGCCUGCUGGUGCGUGAGCCGCGCUUCGAGGUGAACCGCCCCGACGGCCUGGGCCAGACGGCCAUCGCCACCGCCGUCCAACUACACUACGACGACCGCAUCAAGGUGAUGCUGGAGGAGGGCGCGGGCCGCGUCAAUGUGGACUACUCGCGCGCCGUCAACGGGCGGCUGGUGCGCGACGCCAUCGCGGCUCGCUUCCCGCAGCUGCGGCGGCUGCUGCCGGCGCCGCACGAGGAGGACCCGGCCUGCGGGGACCCGCAGCGCCGCCUGCUCGCCGCCAUGCAGCAGCGAGACAUCGACACCUUCUUCCAGCUGCUGCAGCUGCAGGACUCCGACAAGGGCUGCCGGUCGGUGGAUCCAAACCACGUGUACGGCGACCCCUACUACAGCACGUGUCUGGAAAUGGCGUGCCGGCGGCGCGGGGACGAGGAGUUCGUGAGGGCCUUGCUGCAAGGCGGUGCGGACCCGGACACGCGGAACGUUUUCUCGGGCGUGCCGGUGGUGCAGCAGGCGGUGGAGAACGGCUGCGUGGCCGCCCUGGAGGUGCUGCUGGAAGAGGGCGGCGCGCAGCCCGGGGCCCGCGACCCCGCCAGCCACACGGCGCUGCACGUGGCGGCGCAGCGGCAGUGCGCCACCAGGGCCGACACCAGGGACGUCGUCAGGUGCGUGUCGCUGCUGCUGGACUGCGACGGCACGCUGGGCCCGGGCCCCGGCGCCGCCGUCGACGUGGACGCGCAGGACCAGUUCGGCGACACGGCGCUGCACGACGCGGCCCCGCUGCUGCGCAACCAGGAGGGCGAGCCGCCGCUCGCCUUCAUCGACGCCGGCACGCUGCGCGCCUUCCUCGACGAGCAGCUGCAGAGCAACGGGCUCUCCCCGCAGGGCGACGACUACCAGCUGAUCUUCAAGUACGACUUCCUGCGCGGCCGGCCGUCGCUGCCCGGCAAGACGCCGCGCGAGAUGGAGCCGCUGGUGUACAUGAGCCGCUCGGAGAGCCUGCGCGCGCUGCUCACGCACCCGGUGCUCACCGCCUUCCUUCACCUCAAGUGGCACACGGUGCGCGUCUUCUACUACGUCAACCUGGCCGCCUACACCGCCUUCGCGCUGCUCAUGACCGCCUACAUCGUGCUGCUCACCGGCGGCGCCGUCGACGAGAAGGUGAUGCGCUGCAUCUUCAACAAGUCGUGCCUGUCCGCCGUCCUGUCCCACAUCUCGCCCGUUGGGGUUCUGACCGUCAAGGCUACACCGAACGUGACCGCUGCACCACCAGCAGAAGUGGUGGAGGCGACCGCCAGCUCACCGCCUAACGACGCCGAAGUGGAGCUCGUGCGGAACGUCUACCUGGCUCUCGUCAUCAUAAGCGUCCUGAUCGGGCCGCUGGUGGCGGCGCUGGUGACGCGGGAGCUGGUGCAGCUGGUGUCGUCGCCCCGGCGCUACGUGGCGCAGGCCGAGAACUACCUGGAGCUGCUGGUGCUGGUCUGCUCGGCCGCCACGCUCUGCAACGGCUCGCUCACCAUCUACGCCGAGCGCCACCUCUGCGCCAUCACCGUGCUGCUCAUCUGGACGGAGCUCAUCAUCAUGACCGGCAAGCUGCCCUACCUCUCCAUGCAGCUAGAGAUGCUCAAGAAGGUGACGGGCACGUUCGCGCGCUUCAUGGCGUGGUACUCGCUGCUGAUCGCGGCGUUCGCGCUCAGCUUCUACACCAUGUUCCACGAGGACGGCGGCGGCGAAGAGAACGGCGACGGCGACGCCUUCUUCGGCGCGCCCGGCCUCACGCUAGUCCGCACCGUGGGCAUGCUGGCCGGAGAGUUCGAGAUGUCCAGCAUCCCGUUCCACCUGGCGCCCGGCACCAGCCACGUGGUGUUCGUGGUGUUCGUGUUGUUGGUGACGAUCGUGCUCCUGAACCUGCUGAACGGGUUGGCCGUGUCGGACACGAACGCCAUCCGCGAGGACGCGUCCGUGCUCAGCCUGGUCACCAUGGUGCAGCUCAUCGCCUUCUACGAGGAGACGCUGCACAAGCUGGGCUCACGCUGCCAUUUACCGGAAUUUGCUGCCAAAUUCAUCCGUCGCCGUCACACAAUUUUUGAUCCGGACUUACCGCACAGACAGGUGCACGCUUUUCCAGCGAGUGGCGAGGUGAAGUUCCUGCUGGACGCCGAGACGACGGAGUGGUUCUCCAGCUACCGCGCCAGUCGCGACGUGCUGCGCGCAGCUGCUGCCCUGGUCACGGAAGCGCACGAGGCCGGCGACGCGAACCAGCACGUGGUGGACAAAGUGGCCGCCUGCGAGCGCUCCGUCCAGUCCGUGGUGCAGGCUCAGCGCGACCUGGCGCGCCUCCUCAGGCAGGCCGUGGCCACCAUGCAGGAAAUGCGGCGCACGGGACUCCACGACGACAGCGACUAGGGGCCCCGACUCGAUCAACUGCCGGCACUGACGUCUGAGGGCUCAGGUCUGUAGGUGUCUCACUGUGGGCUCACCUACUGUGGCAGGGAGCCCCAAGACGACAUCGACUAUGGACUCCAUCCAGCUGAACUACCGCUACUAGCGUCCAGUCUGUAGGUGUGCCAAUGUGGCCCCACCUACCGUGGCAGGGAACUCCCGGACGACAGCGACUAUGGACUCUGUCCAGGUCAACUACUGCCACUAUCAUCCAAAGACUCCAGGCUGAAGGUGUCACACUGUGAGUUCACCUACUGCGGCAGGGUGUUCCAGGACGACAGUGACUACGGGGUCCGUCCAGCUCAACUACCUCUACUAGUGUCCAGUAUCACAUUGUGAGCUUAUCUACUGUGACUGAUGAUUCCACAGCGACAGUAACUGGGAGGUUCUGCCAGCCCAAUGGCGUUUCCUAGUUUGUCCCAUUCUGGGUCUUGUCAAACAUCACUAGGAACUCCUGGCACAAUUACAGUGUCUGUAGCCUGCAGUCUGCAGGCCUCUCACAGGGCAGCUUGUUAUCUGCGACGUCAGUGGAAGAGUCGCCAGUAGUUUAUUAUAAUGGCACAAAUAAUCUUUCACUCUUCAUGGGAUUUACCCUCUUGUGAAACUUCCCUACAAAUUGGAACUAUUUGCCAUACAGAUGCUCGCAGCUUUAAUUUUGCUUUCUUACGGGAUGAAAUACUCAUAUCUCUUUGGUAUUCAGAGGAUCUGCUAUUUCGACUUCUCUUAAUUGCGAGAGCGCCACUGGCCGAAAUUUUCGCACUGUCAUCUGGGCAAUCCAAGACUCCCAAGAAGGCACUGCGGACGCUUCUGAUCUCACGAAACGACCGAGUUGUAGUUCAUCUAGCAACAUCUCCCAGAUAUGAAUAUUAUUUGAAGAUUCUAAUAGAGAGAUUAUGAAUGUACCAGCUGAUAUCUAAUACUGCCACUUCCUUUCUCCAGCUGAGACAUUAAUAAUGUACUUGCUGUUGAAUGUGGUAAACUAUUAUACACGCUCAUAGCAGCUCGUACUAACGAAACUCGAGGGUGACUGUCACCUGCAGUGCCCCAGCUCCCUGUUUUUUUAUUCACUGUCCGAAUGGUAAAGGCGAGCUGUUUGAAAAUCUCGGCCCACUACACAGCUGAUGCCUCUUCAGCCAGAUUCUAAAGCUUCUCUAUUGCAAGGGUGCUUCUCUAUUGCAAGAAUUUGGGACAGAGUUUCCAGUUCCAACAUUUGCCUUUCAACCAGUGAAUUUCGCUGGUAGGUCUUUUCCGAGACGCCUUUGCCUGUGGUAAUGCAACACUUCAUCGUCCUUGCACCAUUUACGAACUGUAACCCACUUUUCUUUCGCUCACACGUUUAGCGCUCUUUUCUGGUGUCUCAGAACAAACUAAGGGCAGAUCCAAUUGUCCAUAUAUACAUCACUUAUGAUAAAAUUACUUUGUAUUUCCUGACAGCCACGUUGUAAGUUGUACAUAUAAAACAAAUGAAACAAAAACAAACAAAGAAACAUAAAAACGCCAACUAUACUGUACAGGUUCACUGCAGCUCGGGCCCGCGCCCCACGGAAUUUGAAUCCGCACCAGACGUCAUGUACGUCGAAGAGCGCUAGAGGUCUCUGCACCAUCGCGCCGUAAGCUGUGGCGGCGCGCGCUUCC